AUGCAAUCGGAAUUACAAGCCAAUUGCAAUGAAGAGGGUGAGAGGAAAAACGAGACUAUAUGGAACCCGCUGUUUAUGAGCCCGGAUGGAAAUUCGCAGCAGCAGCAGCAACCGCCGCAGCAACAGCACGUCAAUUUCAACUUUGUUAACCCUUGGGGGGUUAAGAAUGGGGAGAAGAUUAAUCUGACAGAAGAGCAGGAACUGUUGAUAAGUUGCGGCGAUGAAAAUAUAGACUCCACGGCGAGGAGGAAAUCAAGCUUGGUGGUACCACCGGCGAGGGCACCUGGUCCUAACCCGUUCGAGUAUGACGAUGCCAAGGCUUAUCCGAACGUGCAUGGCCAGCGACAGUCACAGAGGCCGAUGUUUUUUCCUCAGCAGCAGCUGCAGCAGCAGUCCUUCAACAGCGGUAGAUUUGUCCCUCCGGGCGUUUUUAAUCCGCAGGAUGCCCAACGGAGACAAAGCGUGGCAGUAGUGCAUUAUCCGCAGAAUUUGCCAAACGUUUCGAAUGCACCAGGCGUGUCUACGCCGCCGAUGGCACCUAUGGUUUCGCCAUACAGAAGAUUGAGUGCGUACCCGCCAAGUACCAGCCCAACGACUUCAUUGCAGCCCCCGUAUAAGCAAUUGAGACGCGAUGGUGCGGUGGCAGCUCAGCAGGUGGUCAUUCCGCAAAUGCAAAAGUGUACCUCAAGGAGCGAUCUGGCGCCUACAGUUAAUCCUACUCCUAAGUUCAGGCGAGCAUCUCUAAACUCAAAGACGAUUUCGCCCCUUAUCGCCCUGACGAAAAGUCUAAUCACAACCUAUUCUCUUUGCUCACACGACUUCUCGUAUCAGACUUCCAAGAAUCCAAAGAGGGUGCUAACCAAACCGAGCGAGCCAAAGUGCAACAAUGGUUACGACAAUAUCAAUAGCGAUUACAUUCUUUACGUCAAUGAUGUGCUCGGAACGGAGCAGAACAGGAAAUAUCUUGUGCUGGAUAUACUGGGGCAAGGUACUUUUGGUCAGGUGGUGAAGUGUCAGAACGUUCUUACAAAGGAGAUACUGGCAGUUAAAGUGGUGAAAUCGAGAACUGAGUAUCUGAACCAGAGUAUAACAGAAGCUAAGAUUCUUGAGUUGCUCAACACGAAGGUUGAUCCUAGAAACGAACACCACUUUCUGAGAUUGCACGACACGUUUAUCCAUAAAAAUCAUCUAUGUCUGGUGUUUGAGCUUCUAAGCAAUAACUUAUACGAAUUGCUAAAGCAGAAUCAGUUCCAUGGGUUGACUAUACACCUAAUACGAUCUUUCACGACGCAAUUGUUGGAUUCUUUAUGUGUGCUGAAAGACGCCAAGCUAGUACAUUGCGAUUUGAAGCCCGAGAACAUUCUUCUCUGUUCACCAGAUAAGCCAGAGCUAAAGAUAGUCGAUUUUGGUUCAUCAUGUGAAGAGAGAAGAACUAUCUAUACAUAUAUUCAGUCCAGGUUUUAUCGGGCACCCGAAGUUAUACUGGGGAUUCCGUAUUCCACAAGCAUUGACAUCUGGUCUCUCGGUUGUAUAGUGGCCGAGCUGUUUCUAGGGAUCCCAAUUUUUCCGGGAUCAUCCGAGUUCAACCAAUUGACGAGGAUCAUAAACUGUCUAGGCUACCCGCCAUCUUGGAUGAUGGAUAUGGGUAAAAAUACAACGAAAUUUUUACGCAAGUGGGACAGCAACGAGAUAAAUAACGGAAGUACUUCCAAGGAGGCUCCAAAAUACAAACUGAAGACUGUGGAAGAAUACAACGAAGAGUACGGUGCACAGGAGCAGCCAAGUAAGCAAUAUUUCAAAUGGGACUCAUUACAGGAUAUCAUAGCUCAUUACAGGAUAUCGAAGAAAAUAAAAAAUAAUAAUGUCCUGGUGGAGCAAGAAAUGCAAGAUCGAAGAUGCCUGACCCAUUUUCUCCAGGGAAUACUCAACUUGAACCCUUUGGAGAGAUGGACCCCACAGCAGGCAUCAAUGCAUCCUUUCAUCACGCAGCAAGCUUUCACAGGGGAGUGGUAUCCGCCUGGAUCAUUCCAAGGCACAGCCACGGCUGCUUCAUCCCUAGCUGGCAUGAGCAGCAGACCAGGAAACAUUAGGCACCCUUCGCUACAAGAGGGCGCCACAAGGGAAUUCAAUAAACUACGCAUAGGUGAGGACUAA